AUGUCAAAUAAGCAAUUUGGCUAUCUCAAAUACCAAAACAAAACCCAUGCCACUGGUGAUGAUUUCGAUGAUAUUCUUGAAUCAGCUCUCAAAACCUAUCAAGAAAACUACCACAUGAAACCCUCAUGUGUUGUUGACGAUGCAACGAUAUCAAAACUGAUAACCCCACGUUGUGGGGUACCUGAUAUCGUUAACGGCAUUAACUACAUGCAACCUCGUGGCAAGAAACACAACAUCCACACAGUAUCCCACUAUAGUUUUUUUAAAGGAAACCCUAAAUGGCCAUCUACUAAAACCCAUCUCACUUAUAGAUUCUUGUCCAACGUUCCCACAUAUGCUAUAGCCCCUGUGGCAGGUGCCUUCCAAAAGUGGGAGUCUUCAACCCACUUCACCUUUGCACGAGUCCAAACCAAUCAAAAUUCUGAUUUGGAAAUAGGGUUCUUUAGAGGUGAUCACGGAGAUGGAAUUCAAAACGCUUUUGAUGAAAAAAGCAUAGCUCAUGCAUCUGCACCACCUGGUGGAAGGUUCCACUACGAUGCAGAUGAUAAAUGGUCCGUUGAGCCAGCUGCAGAUGCUUUCCACCUAGAAACUGUUGCGCUUCACGAAAUCGGACACCUUUUGGGGUUUGGACAUAGUUUGAUUAAUGCAGCAAUCAUGUAUUCUACUUUCAGCCACGGAGAAGUCAAGAUCUUGAAUGCAGAUGAUAUUGCAGGGAUAAGAGCUUUGUACAAUCGUUAAAAUAUUAGAUUUAAAGUUGUUACAGUAAUUUAUGUAUUUUUGCAUGU